GCUUUAUCUCAUUGCGGAAAAAAGUCUUAUACAUAAGUUUAAGUAUUGUAACAGCCCUCUCAUUACCCCCUGGCGUGGAUCAUUGAUAUCGGCUGGGGUCGACCUCUGACCUCACUCACCCAACAGUAGUCUACGGCCGAUAAAGGACCCUAUAAAUUACUCCGCUUUAUCGCGUUGCCACACUUAUAUCUCUCCAUUACUCGAGUAACAACCGUGUUGUGCGCACGCGUUUCUCUAGUACCUUCAACCAUUUACCAAUAUAUUAUUUCUACUCCUUUGUGUUCUUCCUAAUGGCUAAAUUCGUUUGUUACCGAGAUUUCCUUUCUCCCAAUUAAAACUCUAUUUGUGAUUGUGUUAAAGGACCUUUGCAGGGUGUUAAUUAUUGUGGACUUUUGUUUUUUAAAAUUUAUUCUGGCUACUGCAUACAUGUAUCAAUCUUCGAGCAGGCUCCUACAAAAAAUGACUAUAACUUUGAUGUACCGCGUCAACCCCAUCUACUAUUCGGACUACUCGGAUACGAUUUAAAAUUAUACCCAAAUCCGUAUCAAUUUAAACGUUUCCUUUGCUAUUGGCUCUACAAUUUUGAAUACUACAAAUUCGGGGUUUAUCCGCAAGAUAUCACUUGACAUCAACUGUACAACUUUCUUUAGUGGAAGGCAUAUAUUGUAUCAUAAUGGAUAUUGUUGCUAAUUAUCAUCCGGUGUUUAAAGCAUUCCUCGCGGGGUCUUUCUCCGGAACAUUUAGCACUAUUCUCUUCCAACCAUUGGACUUAGUGAAGACAAGGCUUCAGAAUCCAACUCAUAAUGUUGUUGCGACGACAGUCGACGGCCGAAUCCAACCCGGCAUGAUCACGACGUUCAUGAACAUAGUGCGCCAGGAGCAAAUCGCGGGGCUAUGGCGGGGGAUGGUACCCUCGGUAGCCCGCUGCGUGCCUGGUGUUGGACUCUACUUCUCCUCACUGCACUGGUUGCAGACCAAGCUGGGCAAGAAUAGACAGGAUCUGACGGCCCUGGAGGCGAUAGGAUUGGGCGUUGUGGCCAGGACCAUGAGCGGCGUGGCGUUGAUACCGAUUACUGUUAUUAAGACCAGAUACGAAUCAGGCGUGUAUAAAUACAAUAGUUUGAGCGGGGCUCUAAAGGCGAUAUACAAGGGCGAAGGCAUACGAGGACUGUCAUGUGGACUGGGACCGACGUUAGCAAGGGACGCACCUUUCUCGGGAUUGUAUCUCAUGUUCUAUACGCAGACGAAACAGGCUGUACCUAAAGAAUGGCUCAAAUCUCCAACGGCAGCUAGCGGCAUACAUUUCUCGUGCGGCGUGUUAGCGGGAAUCGCAGCAUCACUAGUUACCAACCCGGCGGACGUGUUGAAGACGAACAUGCAGUUAUACCCGGACAAGUUUCCGAACGCGUUCAGUGCUGCCAUGUAUGUUCAUCAGACAUAUGGAUUCUGUGGAUUUUUCAAAGGCGCAGUGCCCAGGCUGGUUCGUAGAACUCUCAUGGCGGCUAUGGCGUGGACGAUAUUCGAAGAAAUAACUCGAUCUAUUGGCUUAAAGUAAUUCUAAAUUCUUCAUUUUUGUUUUAAACACAAAGUGAGUUAGAGCAGGUAUAUGUUCCUAGGUUUCAAUUUCAAAUUGUGUUGACACGGUUUUAUUAGCUUCACAUGUAUGAUUGUAUGUAACCGACUCGUUUAGACUCGAAUUUUAUGCAUUUUAAAUGGUGAUUUAAUUCAAACAUAGUAUAUACUUAUCAAGGAAUUUUUGAGUAUAAAGCGUGUUUUUUAGUUUUUCUUAACUAAGUAUAUUUAUUUUAUUCUACUUUUUAUCUGUAGCUUGUAUAGCUUUAUUUAAUCUGUGUUAUUUCUACUACAUACAUAUUCUUUCUUAUUUUAUGUUCAUAUUUUAAGCCAUUAGAUGGGUUAAGACUAUUUAGUACCUUGUGUAUUGUUUUGUUCGUUAUUUUUGUAAAAACUAGCUUAAGCCGCAAUUGUGAUAUUGUUAUAAAAUAAAAAUUGAUGUUUAUGA